AUGACCAAGGGGAAGACACCACGCAAGGGAGGGUCACCUGGCACUCUCUCUACUCUCAAGUCUCCAGGAGGCACCAUUUACUUACCGUCAAAGCAAGAAGAUCAAGGACCUUCCACCCCAACUCCUCAAUCUAAUUCAACGAAGUCCAACCCUGUCUCGGAUCAUCCAUUAUUGCCACUGGUCCAAAUGCUUCCGAAUGACCUUUAUGUGUUCCUUCAACGUAACUUCGAAGAAAUCUCCUCAGGAAUCACCAACCUCAAAUAUUAUCGAGUAUUGGUACACUUCAACCCCAAGACUUCGGCGCGCCCGACUCAUACAAAGGACAAGUUGAAAGCCGAUUUUUUAGAAAAACUACGACCACAUCUGGAACCGUUUCUGAUUGACCCACCUAAACCAAGCACGCCAGCCGGCGCGGACAUCGAUUUAGACUUUGAUCCACUUCAUCGCCGUACCACUCGUGCCAUGCUUACUGCCGCCAUUCUCUCCCAAAGACCUGGGACUACGAUUGCAUCAGACGCUCGAAUCGAUCAGAUCUUAAUACUUUACAAAAAAUACGUUGAUCCCGACCUUGUUCUCCCAGCCAACACCGAAUAUAGUCGCAAGCCAAAGCAUCUUCCUGUGGCGAAGGCUGCUAAAAAAACCAUGGAAUAUCUACGAUUUGCUCUACAGUGCCAUGCGCCAAACAUCUUUGUACACUCUAUUGCAAUGACCCACCCAAUGCUUGUAGACUUGUACAUCAAAUUUGUGGCUGAAGAGGACGUCCCAGAGGGGAGACUUGUAUAUGGAUACCACUAUUCCAAGAUUGACGACUUCAUGGAUGUGGGAAAGGCAUGA